AGAAGGGAGAAAAUAAACUAUUAUAAAGUGCUCCAUAAAGCCCAAAUUCAGAAAUUACCCUCUUAAUUAAUACAAUUCAAUACCCAAAAUCCAGAUUUGCUGGCUUGUAGUUUGUUAGAUUAUAUUUCGUUUGAUUGUGACUUGUAAUGGCCGGAACGAGCAUCAGUAUGCAAGAAAAUUGUGUUCAAAUUCAACAACAGAGGCCUAAAUAUGACGGGCCGGGGCAUGGAGCCUGAACUAUACCGUGCGGCAUUUUCAGGCUUUUUUGACGCGGUCAGUCGUAUAUCUAAUUGGAAGGAACAACAAACACCUACUAAAAACAAUGUGCUUCAUAUUUACGUGGGUAAACCCGUAAACAAGAAAGUCAAAGGUGUAUAUAAAAGCGAAAAUGGUUCACAAAGAGUUCAUUAAAAAUGUCAUUAAUGGCGACGCAGCUGGUUAUUCGCUGCUAUUUAAGGAGAAUACGAAGGGGGAUACCCCGCUACACGUUGCUGCGAGGUUCGGUCAUGACGAAGCAGUGAAAGCAUUUAUAGAGCAAAUUAGUAAGGUGAAUGAAGUGGAUGUUUUGCGGUUGUUGAGGAUGGUUAAUAAGAAGAAAGAUACGGCGUUACAUGAGGCUGCUCGUGUUGGUCAUGCUGCGGUAGUAGAGUUGCUAGUGCAGGCGAAUUUUAAUUGCUCGCAUGAGCCGAAUGAAGAUGGUGAGACUCCGCUUUAUUUGGCUGCUGAAAGUGGAUGUACUGCUUCUGUGCUUAGCAUUCUGCGCAUUUGCGAGGGUUCGAGUCUGGUUCAUAAAUGUAAGGGUCCGUGUGGUCGAACUGCUCCUCAUGCUGCCGUGCAGUGGGGAUCGCCAGUAAUGGUUUUACCAUUUAUCUUCCAUUACCAUGUGUCCAAGUUCGUCUUUUUCCGGCAUUUAUCCACUCUGGAGAGGCAAAACUUCUCUAUCUAGUGGAUCUUCGUAAUGACACAACUUCUUGAGGAGCAAGAGUUUGUUCUCCGGGAGGUUCUCCAACAACAUUGUUUUAAACUGCGUCAUAAGUAAUGUCCGAUGCAGGAAUCAAUUCAAUAUUAAUGACAUCAGAAGGAAUAAUAAUAUUCUUUUCUUCAAAAAUAAUGUUUCUAAUUGUGUCUCCCUUUUUAAAUUCAACAUUUCUUAUGGCAAUAUCAAAUAACAACAAAGUAAAUUAUAAUUACUCAAUAAAAUGGGA